GCCGAACACCCGCACCGGUAGAGAGAGAGAGAGAGAGAGAGAGAGAGAGAGAGAGAGAGAGAGGUUAUAGUCAUGAUGUCGUACAUGAAACAGCCUCAUUACUCCGUUAACGGGCUGACUCUGUCCGGUACCGGGAUGGAUCUCCUGCACUCUGCUGUCGGUUACCCCAACACGCCGCGCAAACAGCGGCGCGAGAGGACGACCUUCACGCGUGCGCAGCUCGACAUCCUCGAGGCGCUGUUCGCCAAGACGCGAUACCCGGAUAUCUUCAUGAGAGAAGAGGUGGCGCUGAAGAUCAACCUGCCCGAGUCCAGAGUCCAGGUGUGGUUUAAAAACCGUCGCGCUAAGUGCCGUCAACAGCAGCAGCAGCAGACCAGCGGCCAGACCAAACCCAGACCAACCAAGAAGAAGUCUUCGCCCACGAGAGAGCCCAGCGCCAGCGAGGCCAGCGGCAGCACGAACGGGCCGUACAGCCCACCACCGCCACCUCCGGGCACGGCCAUCACCCCGAGCUCCAGCAGCACCAGCGCCACGGUCUCCAUCUGGAGCCCGGCGUCCAUCUCGCCGCUGCCGGACCCGCUCUCGGUGUCCAGUACGCCCUGCUUGCAGCGCACCAGCGCCUACCCCAUGACCUACACCCAGGCGCCGGCCUACAGUCAGGGCUAUGCCAGCUCGUCCUAUUUCACAGGGCUGGACUGCAGCUCGUACCUGUCUCCCAUGCACCCGCAGCUGUCCGCCACAGGAGGCGCUCUCAGCCCCAUCACCGCCUCCUCUAUGGGCGGACCGCUCAGUCAGUCGCCCGCGUCUUUGUCGUCCCAGGGCUACACCGCCGCGUCUCUGGGGUUCGGCGCCAUCGACUGCUUAGACUACAAAGACCAGACGGCGUCCUGGAAACUGAACUUCAACACCGCCGACUGCCUGGACUACAAGGACCAGAACUCAUGGAAGUUUCAGGUCCUGUAGGGGGCGCUUCAGAAGGGAACGUUAGCUGGACAUCAAUGUGAUCAUCUAAUACCCAAACUGACCAUCCGCUGAAGUUAUAGAGAUGUGAGAGAAACUCGCCGAUGCUACAAUUGGCACCGAACGUCACGUAUAGACUGUAAAUAGACCGAUGGAAUCGGUGCCGUCUUCAUUCCUGGACUUCAAAAGGGGUUCAACUCACUAUUUGACAUAGUAUUGACUUUAACUUUAAUUAUUUAUGAAUGAAAUUGAAUUGUGUAGUGGGCAGACGAUAGAUAAAUGAAUAGUGUGUCUAAAAGCGUCGACGUUGCGUUACAAAUGUCCACAAACGCAAUGACUUUCGUGAUAUUAAACACCGAUUUUAAAGACAAUCAUCAGUUUCAAGCUACGUCUCAUCGCUGUAGGACGUCCCAGAACGGCAGAUGAUGUUCCUGUAUUGACGCUCAGAGACAGUUCGUGUCCCUCAUGUGUCAUGAAUCAACGGCUCAAGAUGAUUUCUGUUUUAUAUGUGAUAUUAAUAUUAGAUCACGAUGUACAUCUGUGAGUUCUGGUGGUUGUUUUGAGUUGUUAUUGUUGUCAUUCUGAUGGUCUUUCGUGUUAUAAAGAUGAAUCUCUAAACCGUUUUCUGUCUGUUUCUUUGUCAUUAUUAAACAUGUUUCUCUGUCCAGGCCAACAAUCAUCAUCAUGUCAAUCUCAGGGCUUUCAGAUGCUGUUUAUGUGUUUGAAACAUCCUCAUUUACUUUUAAAUGAACAUUUCUGAUGUCACUUCCUGUCUUCAUUUGUGAUGUCACUUCCUGUCUUCAUUUGUGAUAUCACUUCCUGUCUUCAUUUGUGAUGUAAUUUCCUGUCUUCAUUUGUGAUGUCACUUCCUGUCAUCAUUUGUGAUGUCACUUCCUGUCUUCAUUUGUGAUGUCACUUCCUGUCUUCAUUUGUUAUGUCACUUCCUUUUUUCAUUUGUGAUGUCAUUUCCUGUCUUCAUUUGUGAUGUCAUUUCCUGUCUUCAUUUGUGAUGUCACUUCCUGUCUUCAUUUGUUAUGUCACUUCCUUUUUUCAUUUGUGAUGUCAUUUCCUGUCUUCAUUUGUGAUGUCAUGUUGUGUUUGCGUUCAGAUUCUUGUAGUGACAAUAUUCAAAAUGAACGAUAUUUUCUUUCUGUACACGCAGAACAAAGAACAUUUCGUUAGUUGUGAUAUUUACAUUUAAUGUUUGACAAUUUGAACAUAUUUAGCUAAUUAAAUUAUAUUUGAUGAAUCUGUAACGUGUCUGGACGCUCAUAAUAA